AUGGUCUACGAUACAUUGGUCUAUCACCCCUUGGUGACUAAAUUAGUCAAGUUUUUAGACACUACUGCUGGUAGAGAGAAGCUUUUACGUUUGUUACAAUAUCUAUGUAGAUUCUUGGCUGUACAACAAGGAUCUGCGUUGUCUAGACAAUUGCAAGCACAAUUUACAAUAGUUAGGAAAGUAUUGAGAUUUUUAAAACCAUUGAAUCAUAUACAAGCUGCCUCCAAAGUUUACGAUCAAAAAUUGAUUGGGGAUUCGAUUGUACGUGUAUUGAAUAUUAUUAAGAAUUUAUGUUACGCAGGAUAUUUGACCUUAGAUCAAAUUAAUUUAUUAAGAAUGUUUAAAUUGGUUCCUAUGACUACAUUUUCAAGUAAAAAAGUACCUCGUUGGACCAAUUGGUUUUGGCUUUUCGGUUUAGUCUCUGGUUUAUUAUUGGAUCUACGUAAUAUUCAAAUCUCUGAUGUUAAAUUAAAAGAAGUUAACGACUCUAAGGAAGAAAUCACCGAUAAACAACGCAUCGACUUGGUCAAAGCCACACACAGGGAAAGAUUCAUGGCUACCAGAAGAUUGCUAUGGGAUUCUACAGAUAUGUUUAUUGUAUUGAACAAUCUAGGCUAUUUGGCUAAUCGUGAACAAUAUGUGGCUCUUGCAGGUGUGGUGACCUCAAUGCUAGGACUCAGCGAUAUGUGGAAGGCCACUAAGACAAAUUAA